GAGUUUCUAAACACGACACGGGAAGUAGGAACAACUUUGGAGCUGGCUAGCUAUCUUUACAGUGGAUCUGUAAAAUCGUCUUUGGUUGACAAAAAAUAACGUCUCGUCAGCUAGUCUGAAUCAUUGGAUCAGCCAUGGGAAAAGGUGGUGGUACAUUUGAGAGGCUUCUUGAUAAAGCGACCAGUCAGCUGCUGCUGGAGACAGACUGGGAGUCCAUCCUGCAGAUCUGUGAUCUCAUUCGUCAAGGGGACACGCAGGCGAAGUAUGCCAUCGGUGCCAUUAAGAAGAAGCUGAUGGAUAAGAACCCGCAUGUGGCCCUCUAUGGUCUUGAGGUGUUGGAGUCAGUGGUGAAGAACUGUGGUCAGACGGUCCAUGAUGAGGUGGCCUGUAAAACCACCAUGGAGGAGCUGAAGGAUCUACUGAAGACUGAGCCCAACGUGAGGAAUAAGAUCCUAUACCUGAUCCAGGCAUGGGCCCACGCCUUCCGCAACGAGCCCAAAUACAAGGUGGUUCAGGACACGUACCAGAUCAUGAAGGUGGAGGGUAACGUGUUUCCAGAGUUCAAGGAGAGUGAUGCCAUGUUUGCAGCAGAGAGAGCUCCAGAUUGGGUGGAUGCGGAGGAGUGUCAUCGCUGCAGGGUUCAGUUUGGAGUGAUGACUAGAAAGCACCACUGCAGAGCCUGUGGUCAGAUCUUCUGUGGGAAGUGUUCCUCCAAGUACUCCACCAUCCCCAAGUUCGGCAUUGAGAAGGAAGUGCGUGUGUGUGAGCCCUGCUUCGAGCUGCUCAACAAGAAAGCUGAGGGGGGUAAACCCGUCGGGACAUCCACCUCCGUGGCCCCAGGCCCGGCAGAGCUUCCCCCAGAGUACCUGACCAGCCCCCUGUCCCAGCAGUCUCAGGUAGUGGUCCAGGAAACAGUGCCCCCCAAACGGGACGAGGCGGCCCUGCAGGAGGAGGAGGAGCUUCAGCUGGCCAUCGCCCUAUCACAGAGCGAGGCUGAGGAGAAGGAGAGGAUGAGACAGAAGAACUCGUACGGGGUCUACCCCAAAGCUGACCCCGCCCCAGUCACCUCGUCAGCCCCGCCCGUCACCUCUCUCUACUCCUCUCCUGUGAACUCCUCUGCUCCCUCAGCUGAAGAUGUUGACCCUGAGCUGGCUCGCUACCUGAACAGAACAUACUGGGAGAAGAAACAGGAAGAGGCACGCAAGAGUCCCACGCCCUCUGCCCCUGCCCCAGUGCCAUUGGCUGCUGAGCCCCUGCCAAUCAGCCAGCCCCAGCCAGUGGAAACUCUCACCCCACUCCCAGCCCAAGUCGUCAUGGCCCCGCCUCCAGUCAACAUAGUGGAGCAGCAGUAUCAGAACGGUGAGUCGGAGGAGAACCACGAUGCGUUCCUGAAGGCUCUGCAGAACUCGGUCACCACCUUCCUGAACCGUAUGAAGAGUAACCACAUGCGUGGUCGCAGCAUCACCAACGACAGCGCCGUGCUCUCUCUCUUCCAGUCCAUCAACACCAUGCACCCCCAGCUACUGGAGAUCCUCAAUCAGCUGGACGAGAAGAGAUUGUACUACGAGGGUCUACAGGACAAGCUGGCCCAGGUGCGUGAUGCGAGAGCGGCCCUGAACGCCCUACGAGACGAGCACAGAGAGAAGCUGCGUCGUGCUGCAGAGGAGGCAGAAAGACAGAGACAGAUCCAGCUGGCCCAGAAACUAGACAUCAUGAGACAGAAGAAACAGGAGUACCUUGAGAUGCAGCGUCAGCUGGCCAUCCAGCGUCUCCAGGAGCAGGAGAAGGAGAGACAGAUGAGGCUGGAGCAACAGAAACACACCAUCCAGAUGAGAGCCCAGAUGCCUGCUUUCCCCAUGUCCUACCCACAGAUGCAGUCUUUGCCCCCCAACGUGGCAGGAGGGGUGGUGUACGGGCAGCCGGGGGGACCCCCCAAUUACCCAGGCACCUUUAGCCCCUCAGGGUCAGUGGAGGGGUCGCCCAUGCACAACGUCUACAUGGACCAGUCUGGACCAGGACGGUACCAGGCCAUGCCACCAGACCCCAACAUGUACAUGUACCAGCCAGCAGGAACCAAUGGGCAGCCUGCACCCCCUGGCCAGGCCCCGCCCACCACUAGCCCUGCCUACUCUAACUACCAGCCCACACCCACACAGGGAUACCAGCAGAACGUGGUUUCCCAGGCCCAGUCUCUGCCCCCCAUGUCCCAGCCUCCCCCCACUAACGCCAUGUCCUACGUGGCCUACCCUCCACCCUAUGCCAUGCAGAAUAUGAUGGCAGCCCUACCUGGGCAGGACCCUAACAUGCCCCCACAACAACCCUACAUGCAGGGCCCAGGACAACAGCCCAUGUACCAACAGAUGGCUCCCCCUGGUGGCCCCCAGCAGCAGGUUCAGCAGCAGCAGCCUCCGCAGGUCCAUCCAGGCAGCGAGGCACAGCUCAUCUCUUUCGACUGAUCCAUUCACCUGGCUAGCUCAGCUUAACGUUACCAACCUGCUGCUGGCAGGGUUCAACACACUACACCCUCUCUCCUCUUGUUUUCUCCUCUCUCCUCCUGUCCUCACCUCUCUCCUUUCAUCUUCUCCUCCCCUGCUCUCUCUCUCGCUCGCUCGUGGCCUGGAUUCCCCAACAAACACAUAUGACUCUUACAAUGUUUCUGUGAUGUUAUGGCAAUGUUGUGAAAUAUUAUUGUGAUGAUGUUACGGACAUGUUACCGCCCCUCUUAGACAUCCUCUCUCCCCCACCUGACAUGGAGGAUGGGAGUGAGGAGGGGGUUAGGUAGGGCUACUAUGCACCAUGCAUACCCCAGGGUUGUAUUCACUAGGAAACAAAUGGAACCAAACCCACCUAGACGGGGAAGGACUACCUGAACUUAUAAGAAACACUUUCAGUUUUAAUGCGUUUUGCUACGGUGUUCUCUCUCUGUCUGUCUCUGUCUGUCUGUCUGUCUCUCUCUCUCUCUGUCUGUCUCUCUCUGUCUGUCUG